UCUCUCUCUCUCUCUCUCUCUCGAUUUUCUCUGUAUUUUGCUUGGUUGUUAGCGGAGAAGAUUUGAAGGUAGUGUGUGAGAUUUGACGUCUGGGAGAGGAAUCUGUGGAUAGACAGAGAGAUUGAAAGAAUGGCUGUGUCUAGGGUUUUGAUUGGAGUUGGGUUGAUCUUUGCUCUUGUAUUCCCAAUCGUUUUGCCGAGUGCUAGAGCCCAAUCUAUGGCCCCUGCGAAUACUCCUGCUCCUGCUCCUGCUCCUGCCAGCGAUGGGACUAGUGUUGACCAGGGGAUUGCUUAUGUGCUGAUGCUCGUGGCACUUGUUCUUACAUACCUCAUUCACCCCAUGGAUGCAUCUUCUUACAACUUCUUUUAAAUUGCUGCUAGGACCAUAAUUAGUUAGAGAAUGCAGUGAUUGAGAUAAGAAUAAUUCAUUGUAGGCAAAUUUCUUGAUAUUAUGGUGGGAGGGUUGUGUGGAUUUGAUUUGACAAAUUAGUUUGGUUAUGAAACUUAAAAUCAGUUCUUUUUCUCUUUUUUAAUUGUUCGUUUUUUGUUUCCUUCUUGGAUUCUUUUGCUGGAUAAUGGUUUGAAAAUGUUCUAUUGGCUGGUGUCCUUGUAAUUUCUUCUCUUAACUCAGAGUCCAUACAAUGCUUCUGUGUCAUCAUUUUUAUAGUUAUUUUGGUCCAUAUUUCACAUCAUGGCACCUGGUCUUAUGUUGCCUGCAAGAACAAGAAGUCUUAGCACUGAAGAUUGUGUCCUAAUUUAGCCAGUUUAAAACCUUAGUUUGCCAA